AUGGAUGCCUUUUUAGGAUAUCACCAAAUCAGCGUGUAUGAGCCUGACAGGAAGAAAGCAGCUUUCAUCACUGAAGGAGGUGUGUUCAAAUAUGUGGCCAUGCCCUUUGGUCGGAAGAAUGCGGGGGCGACAUUUCAGAAGACAAUGGACGAAGUUUUUACCCAACAAAGGGGGAGGAACGUGGAAGUAUACGUGGAUGAUUCCAUAUUAAAGAGCCUCACAGUGCAGGGUCACGUUUCUUACUUGGAAGAAACAUUCAGUACAUUAAACAAGCACCACACUAAGCUAAACCUGAAGAAGUGUUUUUUGGAGGGAGGUCAGGGAUUACCUCGAAGAUUUGGGAAGGCUGAAGCUUCCAACAAGCAGAUACUCUACGCUCUGCAGAAGAAAUUAGAAGAACAUAAGGGGUUGUGGGCUGACUUAGUUCUAGAGGUGCGAUGGGCAAACAGGACAACUGAGAAAGAAGCAACGGGCAAAAGCCCAUUCUCCCUAACAUAUGGGGCAGAAGCAGCAGUCUCGGUAGAGGUACAAAUCCUGAGUCUAGGGAUACAACACUAUGACAAUCAGAACAACGAAAGCAGAAUGAGGGAAGAGUUAGAUCUCCUGCCGGAAGUCAGACUGAAGGCAGCUCUAAAGCUCGCAGCCCAAAAGAGAAGAAUGGCGAAAGUGUUCAACAAAUGA